CUCAUAAACAUGGCCGCUCCCAGCUGGCCGCGCCCCUCAAUAUCCCCGGUGGCCAAUGAGGGGGAACCACGAGUAUUUGCACAUGCGUGGUGCGACGUAGUGGGCACGUCCAGUGAUGACAGGAGGUUUCCGGCAAGUAACAUGACUAAAAAGAAGCGGGAUAAUCUCGGCGUCGCUCUAGAGAUCGAUGGCCUGGAGAAGAAGCUUUCCCAGUGUCGGAGGGACCUGGAGGCCGUGGACGACAGGCUCCACCAGGCAGAGCUGAGCCCAGAGGCCAGGAGGUCUCUGGAGAAGGAGAAAAACAGCCUGAUGAGCAAAGCCUCCAACUAUGAGAGAGAGCUAAAGUUGCUUCGGCAAGAGAACCGGAAGAACAUGCUGCUCUCUGUGGCCAUCUUCAUCCUCCUGACCCUCGUCUACGUCUGCUGGACCAUGUGAGCCUGGGAUUCCCCACAGCCAGUGCAGGCAGCUCUCAGGUUCUUGUCAGGAACAAGCAGGCCCUUCAAGCCUCAAGAGGACCAAGGUGCUAGGAGCACUUCUCCCCGACCCAGACGCUCGAAUGCGGUUUUGCAUCUGCCCAGCCUUUGGGAACGAGGCCUGGCCCAGCCCCUCUUGCCUCCCUGGCCUGCUAUGGGGCCUGGGUCUCCAGAAAGACAUUGUGCUGGCUCCUCCCUGAGCCCAAGGGAGAGGCAAUAAAGAGCACCAGGCUGCUUCUGACAGCUAAGUAAAUGUCAUGGUCUGACUGUGGCUGGGGGCGGCCGGGGAAGCACGUGGGAAUCAAGGAAGAAGAGAUGUUCAAGGGAAAGCUAUUGGCUUAGAACUCAGAAGAAA